AUGAGUUCAAGACGUUCGUCGACAUCCCAGUCAGUCAGAUCAUCAAAAUCGGUCCCCCCUGCCACUUGGCGCUCGCUUUCAUCGCGCACGAAACAAUCAACUCCACCAACGUUAGCACUGGUUUUCGCGCAGCCAGAGCAAGGAGCCCCUUUAGCAUCUGCAGCAUCAAAACUCCCUGACUUGAGCCAACCUUCUGCACCGUCGUUGACGCCGUCGCCGUCAAUUCAGUCGAUGAACCAGGACUCUUCGUCAUCAAGCGGUGGGGGCAAUGAGUGGAGUAGUGCUACUGAUGUGAGGUCGAGCGAGGCGGCAACGAGCGCGUCUACUGCAUCAACUCCGUCUCGUCGCAGACCUUCUCGACCCACUUGGUUUGGCUCGCUGUCUAGGGCGAAGGGGCGGGCUACGGCGCCCAAGCUAGAGAGGAUGGAAGUGCGCGCGGCCACUGUCCCAGACGACGUGACUCCGACCCUCACCGUCGACCUCACGGAGGAGGUUCAACAAACGACGGAUGUGUCGCCACCAAGUCAAUCCGACAUGCCGUCAAGCUCGGAACCGCCACCUACAGCAUCCACCAUGCCGCCCAUCCUUGAGCCAGCUCCCGUCCAGUCAUCUGUUCCCUUCCCUAUUCCAGCCGCAAGCAAACCCACCAAAUCCAGUUCCACCACGCGCGCAUCGAUAUCCUCCUCAUCACCCUUAGUUUCAAGCCCUCUUCGCUCCACCCACAGCUCUUCUGUGACCUCGGUAGACGAUGAGGUGCCCAUUAAUGGCGCUCAGACGCCUCCACCACCAAGCCCACCAUCUGUUGUCCCUUCACCACCGGACCUGCGCGACGACGGCACCAUUCGUCCGAGGACGUUAUCUUCGCUCGGCCCGGCGAGUUCCAGGUUCACGCUCAGCAUCCCGCUCUUCGGACGGAAGGCCCCCGCGAGUAACGAGGUCAAGACAACGGAGGCACCGGAGGGAAUUGAGAGGAGCGCGAGCGGUUCAUCUACUAACUCGGAGACCCCAACCAUUCGUGGUGAUCCAAGACCAGCCGAACCUCAGCAGCCAAUCACUGAGUCACCUACCUCCAUGGGUGAGGCAAAUGCGGCUGAGCCGUCGGCUAGCUCCGCAGACCCCAUCAUCGAAACAACUACCACAACUACGACGACGAUUACGACUACCACGUCUACAAGUACGACCUGGUGGGAUUAUCUGACGUGGAAGGCCUCUCAGCCCGACGAUACACCGACGAACCCUGGUACCUCAGCGGCUAAUGCCAGCGACUUACAGCACGUAACUCCGGACGAAAUUGACUCUGCGUCUUCCUCAGCUUCCGCACCUGCGAAUCCUAUAGCAAAUGCGCAUACUGAUUCCGUUCCGCCCCGGAUCUCCGUUACUGACCCUGACAAUCGCAACCCCAAUUCUACGCCGAUCUCCAGUUCACCGGCUACGGCCACGUCACUCCCGAGCGAUACGGCACCGCGGCCAGACGUGGAGCCCGCUGCGCCUGAUAAUAAAGUGGAACAGGCGGAGGAUGUGAUGAGCGUGCGGUCGACGGAGUCUCAGGGAACGUUGGCAUGGCUUUCGCCUUGGGCCUGGUAUGGGAAUGGUUCCGUGGCUCCAACAAUAGCCGAGGAAGCAGAUCAGACGAGGGUAGAGGAAAGUGGUGAGAGCGUGAAGACAGAAUCGGAGAUAGUGAGAGAAGAGACUCUGACCCGUUCAGACGAGCCGGCGGGGGGAGAGAAGGCAGAAGGGAAGUCGGAUGCUUCCCCCAACCCCGAUCCAAGCGUUGCCGGCUCCGACGUGUCGGCGAAUCCCAUCGAGGACACGAUCACGAGUAACCGAGUAGGAUGGGCGUCAUUCUUCGCUGCGCGCGGCCUGCUGACGAAGAGAAUCGAGAUGAAAGAGGAGGGCGAGAUGGAAGUGAUGACUAUCGACGAGGAAGAGGCAGAGGCCGCGAAGACAGACGAUGCGACGAAAAAGGACGAAGUGGCGAAACCGCCGAGGCAGACUGUCCCUCCUCUUGAUCCCCCUCCGUCGCCACAGAACCCAACUGCGUUGAGCAAACCAGCUACGAUGGAAAAGAGUAAGCGAGGUCGAGAUAAGGAACCACGUUCGAAGCCUCCAGCCCCUCCCCUCACAAUCUCGGAUAGUGUAAAGCGUGACGUUGCCAACAACACCACAAACUCAAGCUCAACCACUGCCAACAAGGCUCUUCGUCGCAAGUCUGCUUCCCCCGCUCCUUCUAUCACAUCAACUAGCUCCAAGGCUAAGCCAACGAAGCAGAAAUCCGGAACGUCCACCCCCGCUAGUCGGACGCCAAACUUAGUCCUACCCACAUGGGAGGACACGUUCCACGCGCAGCCUCGGAAUCAGGUUCCGCCGCCUCCCCCUUCAACCUUGGCUCGUACGAUGAAAUUUGUCAGUGGUGUGCUAUUUGCGAAAGAGACGACUGAAGGGGAAAGUGGGGCAGGGCGAGAAGCUUCUGGCGUGAGCGCUCUGAAAGGUUCCAGCCUGAAACGGAAAGGGAAGUCGAAAGAGAUAGAGAAGGAGAUGAUACACUUCGGAAAGUCGCUUCCCCGAGCGUGGGACGUGAUGAAGAAACACUCAUCCGUGGGCUCGGGCUCGGGCUCGGGUCUUGCACCAGAAGAUGUACUGAGAGGAUGUCGCAAGGUUGUCGUUAUUGGAAUCCAUGGUUGGUUCCCAGGUGCGGUCAUGCGAACAAUGUUGGGCGAGCCAACGGGUACGAGUAGCAAGUUCGUCAAUAUGAUGCUGCAAGCGCUGGACGAGUUUCAAUCGCAGAACGACGUUACCCUCGAGAAGGUCACCAAGAUCCCGCUAGAAGGUGAAGGUACUAUUGAUCGCAGAGUGGAGAAACUCUACACAACAUUGAUGGCUAACGAGGAAUGGCUGUCAGAUAUCCAUGCUGCCGAUGCCAUCUUCAUCGCCACUCAUUCCCAGGGCUCGAUAGUAUCUACCCAUCUACUCGACCGGCUCCUGAAGGGUGGCCACAUCAUAACCGUCAACUCAACGACCUCUGCGGGCGUAGCGGUUGAUGGCGUCUCUCUAGCUGAAGGCGGUAUGCCGUUCAGGAAACCGCAGAAAGUCUGUUGUCUAGCGCUUUGCGGGAUUCAUCUCGGCCCCUUGAGGUACUUGAGCACGAGUUCACUGUUACAGCCGUACAUCCAGUAUUUCGAAUCAACGGCCGCUAGGGAACUGUUCGAUUUUCAGAAUACCGAGAGCCCUGUUUCCAAGUCUUACAUAGCAGCUCUCAGUAACGUGCUCCAUCAUCAGGUCAAAAUGGUCUACGUUGCUUCUCUGAACGAUCAAGUCGUCCCAAUAUACUCUGGCUUGUUCACGUCGGCGUCCCACCCCCUUAUACUUCGCGCUCUAUACAUUGAUGGCGACGCAUACCAUUCCUCCGAUUUUCUUUCGAACCUCCUUGUCUUGUUGCUAAGGAUUAUGAACUCCGGGCUGUCUGACAGCGGCUUGCUUACCCAUCUUUCGGAGGCGACCGCUGGAUCACUGAACGGCGUUGGACACUCGACUGCGUACGAGGAGCAGGCUGUGUUUUCACUCGCCGUCAAAUAUCUGUUCCUGACGAACGAUGGUUUAGAAGAGCCGCCCGAGCUUGUGAUCGAGCCAUUCAACGUCAACAACGAGCUAAACGACUACGAGAUACCAUGGGCCCUGCGAGACCUUAUUGCAGACGAGCGAGUAUAUCACCUUUUUGAAUCUGAGUUCGGUCGGUUGCGAGAUACGUUUCGUGAUUGGCAACCCCGAACGACCGUCCUGCGCGAUAUCAAGCGCAAGCUUCAACCCAUUCAACGCCUACCAUCAUCAUUAUCAUCGCCGAUUCCCAACUCCAACUCCGUUAGCAAGCUGUAA